AUGCAGGCCCUCUUUCAUUCCCGUCUCUCUCUAUCUAGGUGCCUCGCACUACGAUCAUUCACCGCUCCGCUCCGCCUCUAUUAUUUUCGACGACCCGUCCAAGGACGGAAUUAUGCCAAGAAAGCCCAGUCGACGUCGUCACUAACACCAGGUUCUCUGCAACCACUUAGCAAGCCAACGGACAUUGCAGAGCAUGCGAAAUGCGAGGAAAAGAUGAAAUUAUCGGUUGAAUGGUUGAGGAAAGACUGCGCUGAAGCCUCCACCCGUGCUGCUGGGCGGGUGACCCCCGCCCUACUCGCGAGUGUCCGAGUCCUCGGCCAGAAACUGGAAGAGGUGGCAACGGUCGGGGUACGGGACGGAACUGUGCUCGUCGUCACGGUAUUCGAUGAGGAAAAACUGAAACACGUCGAGGCUGCGAUAUACGACGCGAAGAUACCCUCCGUCACGCCGCAGAGGCAGGAUGCACGAACGCUGCGGAUCCCUGUACCUAAGCCGACACUAGACGCCAAGUCGUCUGUGGUGGCAGCUGCGGGGAAGAAGGCGGAGGAAGCGCGAGUGCAGUGUCGAAAGUGGCAUCAGGUGAGCGUGAGGAAGGGAAAAUAUGACAAGCGGUCAGUUGAACUGGAGGUGUUUCAGGAUCUGCUUGACAAGCACAUCGCCUAUAUCGACAAAAUCGUGGCGGACAUGAAGAAGACAUUGGGGGUUUCGCGAUAG